AUGAAAUCAGCAUUACAGCCCUCUAAAAAGCUUCCAUACUCUCACAAGACGCUACCAACCUAAAUGUCUAUGCAAAAUGCUUUUUAAUCUGAAAGAGUAGUCCACAAAUCAUUUAACUCUCAAAAGGAAAAUCAUCUAAACAAUUCUAACUCUGUUAAUAUAGGUAAUACUGUUGGGGCUCUAUCUUUUAUUAACCCAAGUAUGAGCUAAGGAAAUACUACAAUAAACUAAACACUGAGGAAUUUCAACACAAUUACACACGAAUUAGAAAAAAUAAACGAGUAGAUAGGGUGCAAUUCAACCAAGUAGCCUGCUAUACUGAUAAAUGACACAAUAAAAUAAAACAAGAAAUCAAAUAUAGUGAAUUACUCUACAAUAACCUAGAAAAAAAUUGGAUCAAAAUCUUUAAAGAGAAUUCCUCUAAACAAUAUCUAAAACAAUCCUAACCUUUACAAUACAUUGGAGAUGAUAGACUUUAACAACACACUUGAUUAAAAUCUAAACAAUAUGAUAAAUCCAAUGUCUACGAAAAGCAAAAAGACUCCUUCAGGGUAAGGGACCAACUUUUCUUUACAACCGAAAUAAAAGAAAAAGGGGGUUAAGAGAACCUAGCAUAGAAAGCAGGCUAGUUAGAAUAUGAUGACAUACAAUCAAGUCUUUGACUACUCAAAUAAUAGUACAGGCAAUGCUAACAAUCAUAUUGUUCCCAUUAAGGAGACCAAUCUUCUGUAAAAAGCAAUCAAUGAAGAGCUGAGGGACAACAACAACAGAACGUCUAAAAAAAGAUUGCCAAGUUAUUAAAACAUGAUUCAUGCUAAGUAGACUACAAUUGUUCCACCAUUGAAUCUUGAUACCCAGAAUAUUUCACGAUCUAUAAUGUUUAAUGGGAUUAAUUCAAAUCAGAUUUAAUCUUAAAAGCAUUUAGUUAUGCCUUAGAUCUCUGAAAGAAACAUGACGAGAGAUGAGCUUUAGUUUAUACAUCAGAGAUCGGAAAGAGCUAUUUAGUAAAUAAAAAACUAAGUCUAAUCACAGAGCAACUCAUUUGUCAAUUAGCAGUAGUUAUAGAACUAAUAUUAGAAGCAAAAUCAGCAAAUUCAUUUGCAAUUAAAUGAGAACUCUAUUCAAGAUGACCCUCACACUAAUUUAAUGAAGUAAACAAAGUGUAGCACUGUUUACUAGAAGGAAAUAAAAAAAAAUAAUGAUUAAAUAGAGUAGAUACUUGAAAAUUAUCAGAAUCUUUGCCAAGAACUUGAUUCAGACUUGAAAAAAUAUGCUAAUAAUCUGCCCUUAUAAAGAGGAUAAAGUCAUACUAUUGGUAUCUUUAAAGAUAGCCAUUUCAUUUAAAGGCAUGUCAACAACAUAGCUUCUGUUCAUAACUUGGCUAAAAAUGGUUGCAACUAUAUUGAUGAAACAGACAACAACUGUUUUGAUUCAGAAUAAAAGAAAAAUUCAUCAUAGAAAAGCUUUUCAAUAGAAAGUAGCAUUUAAUGUAAUGAAUAUGAUGACAACUAGAAUCAUUAAUUCUUUGAGGAUACCAAAAAUAACAAUGAAGUCUUUUUACUCACCACCCAAUAGGAUAAUAAAGACAUGAUCUUGCCUUAUUAAGACAGCAUUAAUUCUUAUAACACAGCAGAUUUUACUAAGUUUAGCAUUGGUGAACUAUCCAAUAAGCUCUAAUAGAACAAUGAUGCCAAUAGAAAUUCAAUGAAUAAUAAUACAAAUAUGCUGAAUAGGAAUUCAUUGCAAAACAGAACAGAACUCUUGGAAGAGGGCUUUUCCCUAAGUUUAAGGGUAAUUUUAAAGCUUUUAAAGACUAUCAAAAGCACAGAACUAUUUAAUUACAGUUUUCUCGAUCAAAUAGAUCAGCUAAAUAACCUAGAAAGCUUAAUAGAUCUUAUGAAGUUUAUAAACAAUGAUCCAAAUGCUUACUUACUUAAAUGCCCAAAAAUCUAAAACUUGCUGAAAAUAUCUUUUCCUUUGAUAAAAUAAUCAAAUUUCUCUCAGUUAUCAGGGAUUAAUAGCAAUAUUUAAGAAACCUAAUAGUUCUUACAAAGUUAGAAGCAUAAUUUGCUAGAUUCUGAAAGUUAGCAAAAGCAUAUAUUAUCGCCGUUGAGUCCUUCCGUUAAUUUAGUAUCAUCUGCCAUUACUCCUAUUAAGAUAUAAAACAGUAAUAAUAUCAAUCAAUAGCCUAAGCAAAAGCUUCUUGAUACUUUCAACUCUAUAAAUAUACAGCAGACUUAGCUGACUUAAUAGGAAAGAGAUGCUUAGCUAACAUUGAGAAAUCAUGAAAUAUUUGAAGACGAUUACUAUCUAAACUAGAACAAUAAGAGAAAUUAAAAUUUGUUCAAUAAUAGCAGUUCCAAUAAGUACAAGAAUAGUAGCCUCACAAAAAAUAACUAAAGCAAUAAUAUAAGCACUCAUCAUUUCAAUUCCAGUCUAUAAAAGUAAGAAAACAUAUUUGACAUCUGUGAGGAGAAUUCACAUAUCAAUAUUGUUGAAUCUUAAACUCCAAUUCAGAUGAAGAGAAACUUCAAAAGAGAUACCUCACCAUUUUCCUAAAAUAGAGUAUCUGAUAUUUCUAAUUAAAACUACAUGCAAAGCGAUCUGUAAUCUGAGAUCGGUAAUAAUGACUAUGAGACCACAAUGAACAAUAGAAGUAUAUCUUAGCAUGCUUUUGAUAAUCAUUAAAACCAUACAGAUCAUACCAAGGUUGAUUGGCAGUCACAACAUAUCUCAAAAUUGAAUUUUAGUGAUGUUGGAGGGAUGGGUCUGAUAAAAAAUCAAAAUGGUAGCUAGAGAAGAAUAAAUUACAGUCUUAACUAGAAUGCUCCUCCUUAAAAUGUGAUGAUGAACAUCAAUGAAAAUGAACUGAAAGAUGAUUAUCAAUACUCUGAAGAUGAAGAUGAAAGCAAUAAUAGCACAUAAAGGAGACUAUCUAUUCUUAAUCCGCAUGUUCAAAACUAAAACAUCAUCUAGCCACUAAAUAAUUAAAAUGUCAAGCAUCUGGAAAGUAUCCAUAGUGAGGAUGAUGGUAGAAUAAUUGCAUAUCUUGAAAAGGUAGAAACUGCAAGGUAUAAAUAGAAUAAGGAGAAUAUACUCCAGUAGUAAUUCUUAGAUUAAUAGCUAUUGUAGAGUCAAGCAUUACCUGAAGAUCAUUCAAUCAAUAAGAGUCUUUCAUCAAUUGAGUAUGCUGUCAAUAAGUUUUUAGGAGGAUUUACCACAUUAAAAACUGAGAUAUGCCAGUUGAAGGAAACUGUUCUUAAUAACAACCAAUGA